AUGAAAGUCUCCGCUAAAUCUUGCAAUUCCCAAGAGAAAGAUGAUUGUAGCCAGUCAACUAUCGCAUUGGUUGGAAAGAUUUGUGGAGGUGUCUUCAUCUUAUUUUUUGUUGUCAGUGGAGCUGCUGUAAUAGCUUGCAACAAAAGACACAGGCCUGAAAGCAACUCAAUAGAUGUAGUUGUCUCCGAGAUUCCCAUGGAAGAUUUGGAAAAAUCUCCAGCUCCAAUCCUUCCGUAUAAUCAUAUUCCUCAUCGUCCUGUAUGUGCUGAAGCCUGUUCUACAGAUUUGCCUGACUACUUUAUUGCGAUUUCAAAUGUUCCGAACGUUUCUCCACACUUAAGACUGAGAGGAUUUUGGACGGAAGACAUUGAUAACUCGGAUGAUGAAAAUGACCCGCCACCAUGUUAUGAGCAAGCGCUUAUAAUGUAUGGUUUGAUAUCAAUCGAGUCCGCCGAGCUUGAAGAUCAGCAUCAACAAGGAAAUAGUGAAGAUACAAGACUAUAG